AUGCGCCGACUCCUCCCAUCUCCGCCCAACGCCUUUGUCGACUCUGUUCAGGCCUUUGUCGUCUCUGCCAUAUUCUUACUACACUCCAGCAUCACCAAAGAUGCUUCUUCUCCAUUUAGUCGCUUGCCUGACGAAAUCAUCCUCCAAAUUGUAAACAAAUUAAUCGAUUUGAAAGCCCUUUGCUUUUGCUAUCUCGUUUCCAAACAAUUAUCCUCGAUUGUACUUCAAGUCGAUGCCAUUUCCUUCGCUUCUUCUAUGAUAGACCCUAACAUUCCCGAUAAGAACACAAUCAGUGAUGUCGCCCCAAGUAGGCCGCGUCCGACAGAAGUUUCUUCGUUUUUUGGUGAGUCCUUUCUAUCUGCAAAAGGGUUUUUGAACAAGUUUAAAGGGGUGAAGUCCUUAUAUAUCGAACUUCCAUCUGUCGGUCACAGAGCUAUUGAUAAUCGUUGUUUGUUCAAAUGGAAGGAUGGAUUCUAUCUCAAUGGGAAUGGGGAUGAAGAAGAAGACGUCGAGUUAACCAGUGAUUUGAUUAAGAAGAAAUUUGCCAUUUCGAUUUGGUGUAUGGAGGAUGUGAUGGCGUGGUAUAUUAUGUUUUUGCACCUUCUUGAUAAUCUACCAAUGCUGGAAGGUGUUUCCAUUACUGAUUCAGGGAGAAGAGGGAGGUUUUCUCUGAAUGGGGAAAAACUCAGUGAGGUGAAGCAAUGGUGGUUACAUCCACCUUUGGAACCUAGGAAAGAGCUUGUAGGGAUUCCUAAUAUGGUGAGUAAGUGUUACAUUCCUGUUUUGAACUUGCCAGUUUCUGGGUACAUGAUGAAGGGGAUAUUUUGUGCUCUAAUGGAGUCGAAAAAUCUAGAUGGUGAAAUUGAUGGUCUUUUGAAUAGUGAAGAUGGUUUUGAUGAUAAAGAAGAGGCUGCAUAUACUGAAGCUAUGAAGGAGAUUUUGGAGAAACAUAGGGGUUUGAUGGACUGA